AUGUCUUCCACAAGCCGAGCCCGGCUCGGUGAAGAAGUUUGGAAACUCAGAACAGACAAGAUUAAUGCCGAACUUGUUACUUUAACUUAUGGAUCUGUCGUUGCCCAGUUGUGCAAAGAUCUUGAUGGGGACUAUGUAGAAGUCAAUAAACAGCUCGAUAAAAUGGGUUAUAACAUUGGGUUACGUCUAAUAGAAGACUUCUUGGCUAAGAGCAAUAUGCAGCAGAAAUGCGCAAACUUUAGAGACACUGCCGAUGUGAUUUCAAAGGUUGGCUUCAAGAUGUUCUUAAAUAUCACACCAACGAUAGCGAAUUGGAGCUCAGAUAACAAGCAAUUCUCCUUGUUAUUUGAUGAGAACCCGCUGGCAGACUUUGUGGAACUACCGGACGAUGGGAAGGCCCAGAGCGAGCUGUGGUAUUCGAAUAUGCUGUGCGGCGUCAUCCGAGGCGCCCUGGAAAUGGUUCAGAUGUCAGUCGACGCACAUUUUGUUAGCGAUGUUCUUCGAGGCAACGAUACAACUGAGAUGCGGAUAAACUUAAUCAGAUACAUUGAAGACGAAAUGCCCCAGGAUGAUGAAUAG